AUGAGUUGCGCUUAUCAUAUCGGAAAUCAAAUAUAACUGAUCUGCUUAGCUCCCCACAAGUGUAAAUUUUAGAGGAAACUUUGUGGCGAGUGUCUUUUUGAACACGAAGUGGAUGUGAAAUUAUAUAUUGCUCCAAUUAAAAAAUUUUAAGAAUUAGUGACCUAGAAAUUAGAAUUAUCUAAACCUAAUAAUGAAUUAGAAUUAACAGCAUAAAUAUUGAAUUUCAAGACCAUCCUUUCUUCAACUUAGAAUAUGUUGAAGUAAAUUUGGGAUCAAUUAACAGAAUCAAUCAAGUAGAUAUUUGAUAUGAUAGAGAUGGAAGAUAAAUCUUAUUAAAAAAUCAUUAGCAAUAAUGUGAAUCCAACAGAAUUGUCAAAUACUGAUUUAGAAAAAUUAGUCCAAAUUGUAGAAGGAAAAUCAUUAGAUUUUUGGAAAGAGAAGAAAAAUUCUUAUUUGAAGAGGUUAGAGUUUACAAAGGCUUGUUUAGAUUAAGAAACUAGGGCAUUUUGUGAAAGGUUAAAUAAAGAAAGGAAAUCGAUUAUGUAAUUAAUUACAAUGGUAGGUAAUUCACAGGAGAACACUCAAUCAAUAACACUAAUAGAACAGGUUUAUAAGAGAAAGAAGGAUUUGUAUGAGGUGUUGAUUUAGACUAAGAAUAUUGACGGAUCCUUCUUAAAUGAAAUAAUUGCUAUGUUGAAAAAAGAGAAAAUUACAAAUUGUUUAGAAUUCUUUUCUAAAUAAAUUAAAGAUUAAACAUAGUUGAAAUUUAUCGCUAAUGUGAUUUUAAAUAUUAAUGAAAUAGACUUUAAUAAAAAGAACUACUCUUUAAAAGAGAAUGAAUAAAUUAGUAAAAACGUGAUGAAAAAAAAUAUCUUCAGAAAAACAAAUCAUUGA